AUGGAAUUUCCUCAGUAUUUUGUUCAGGAAUGGGAAUCUACCCCCGAAAAGAAUUCCGCUUGCUUCGACUGCAGUAUAUGCCUCGACUUUGCUCGUGACCCAGUUGUAACCCUUUGCGGCCACCUCUACUGUUGGCCCUGCAUAUACAAGUGGCUCGACUCCCAAAACUCCUCAGACGAGCCCACACAAUGCCCCAUUUGCAAGGCCCAAAUAUCCGAAAAAACCAUAGUCCCUCUUUACGGACGAGGACAAACUUUUUCCGAAUCCGAACCUGAGGGCAAAGUUGUAAUACCUCCAAGGCCUCCCGCCUGCAAUACAAAGGCUCUCACGAGCUUAUUGAAUCCUCAACAGCAGUUUAUGCCUCCUUAUCAUCAUCAUAAUCAUCAUCAAGAUCGAAUUCAACACGAGUUUUCGAAUAAUUUUACGAAUUAUGGAGAAUACUCAUCGUCUCCAUUUAAUCUACCUACAACGGGAGCUUUUGGAGAGAUGAUUUAUGCAAGGGUUUUUGGUAAUUCACAGAGUUUGUAUACAUAUCCGAAUUCGUACCACACUGUGUGGAAUCGAAGCCCGAGGCUGAGAAGACUGGAGUUGAGGGCAGAUGAGUCUCUGAACAGGGUUACAAUCUUCUUGUUCUGUUUCUUUCUAUUGUGUCUUCUUGUGUUUUGA